UCAGAAUAGAGAUUGGGUGAGAACGAGCUUAAACCCUAGCUCGUCCAGGUAUUGAAAAUUCUUAUCUUUCCACAAUGCUGUGCAAAAUUUCUCCAUUUCACCCCGUUACCAGACCUCUUAUUUCCAUGAUUUUUCCCCACAGACUGAAAUAUCAAUUCGUCGGCCACCAAAAAUUACAUAGGAAGUUGCUUUUAUCCAGAAGCCAACCGCCGAGUCGAGCUUCAUUCGGGACAAGCAACUUCUCCACGCGCUCGGGCCGGGGAAGGACUGGAAAUGAUGCGCCAGCAGGAUUGUCGUCCAAGAGUUUAAUCGAGGAUGAGGCCGAGUUAAGCGACUGGGUUAGUGGGUUGAGUUCCAGUUCGUUUAAGAAAACGAGAAUGUACAGUGAUAGUGAGAACGAUGCAGAUGAUGUUAAUAGAGGUUCUAGGAGUAGAGACAGAGGUGGGAAGAGAGGGAGGGAGAGUGACUUCGAUAAGGAUUCUGACCUCACGAAUAGGCGAAGGAGCGGGAGCCGCAGCUCCGGUAAUUUUGACUAUCCCAAAAGGCGGGGAGAUGGCGGCAGGUCUAGAGAACCAUUCUCAGGGAGGAGGAGGGAUGAGAAUGGCUCCCAAGUUUCCUUAGGUUGGAGAGACCAGGGCCGUAAGUUUGGGGGCCGUUUGGAGGAGACGAAGAAAGGGAGUAGUAAUGAUUUCCUCGGCAGGGGAUACGGGGAGAGGACAGAGAGGAGGCAGAGUGGGAGAGGCGGGGAAACGACGUAUGGAAAGGGAAGGGAUAGAGGCAGUAAUUGGGGUAGUUUAGGGGUUAAGAAAGAAGGGAAAUCGAUGGGUAGAAAAUCGUUGAUUGUUGAAGAUGAGGAGGAGGAAGAGGAGGAGGAGGAUAAGGGAUAUAACAGUUUCAAAGAGUUGAUUGACAGUGACGAAGUGGAUGAUGAUGAUGAUGACGACGAUGACGAAGAUGAGGACGACAAGGAUCAGGAUGUGGGGGAAGAAGGGUUGUUUGAGAAAGUUAGUUCUUCCCAGUCGCCUCAAAGCUCACCUGGAAGAUCUGAUUCUUACCUUAGUGAAAGCAGGUUUGAUCAGUAUUCCCUCUCACCAUUGACACAGAAGGCAAUUAAAGAUGCUGGAUAUGAAAAGAUGACUUUGGUACAGGAAGCAACACUUCCGCUUAUUCUGAAAGGAAAGGAUGUGAUGGCCAAGGCAAAAACUGGGACUGGGAAAACUGUAGCCUUUUUGCUUCCUGCAAUUGAACUUGUAGUAAAGUCGCCCCCGAUCACUCGAGAUCAAAAACGACCUCCUAUACACGUGCUUGUUAUAUGCCCCACUCGAGAGCUUGCUACACAGGCUGCUAAAGAGGCUGACACCUUGUUGAAGUAUCAUCCUUCAAUUGGUGUUCAAGUUGUCAUAGGAGGUACACGGCUAGCUCUGGAACAAAAGCGAAUGCAAGCCAACCCAUGCCAGAUACUUGUGGCAACGCCUGGACGACUUAGAGAUCAUGUAGAGAAUACACCUGGAUUUGCCACCCGUCUCAUGGGAGUUAAAGUGUUGGUCCUCGACGAAGCUGAUCAUUUAUUGGACAUGGGAUUCCGCAAAGAAAUAGAGAAAAUAAUAGCUGCUGUUCCCAAACAGCGCCAAACACUUCUGUUUUCUGCUACAAUCCCCUCUGAGGUUCGUCAAAUUUGCCAUAUUGCUCUAAAAAGAGAUCAUGAAUUCAUAAACACGGUACAAGAAGGAACUGAAGAUACUCAUGCACAGGUCCAACAAAGGCAUAUGGUUGCUCCUUUGGAUAAACACUUUUCGCUUCUUUAUGCUCUCCUAAAAGAGCAUAUUUCCGAUGAUAUUAAUUAUAAGAUUCUUGUUUUCUGCACAACUGCAAUGGUAACAAGACUCGUUGCCGAGUUUCUCAGCGAGCUAAACUUAAAUGUUCGGGAGAUUCACUCCCGAAAGCCUCAAAGUUACAGAACCCGAGUUUCUGAUGAGUUCCGAAAGUCAAAAGGCCUUAUCCUCGUCACAUCUGAUGUUUCAGCCCGCGGUGUUGAUUACCCGGACGUGACUCAAGUUAUACAGAUUGGCGUCCCAGCAGAUCGACAGCAGUACAUUCAUCGGCUGGGUCGAACAGGGCGUAAAGGGAAAGAGGGACAGGGCAUAUUGCUGUUGGCACCCUGGGAGGAGUUCUUCCUGUCCAAUGUCAAAGACUUACCGAUAACUAAAGCACCAGAGCCACUGAUUGAUCCAGACACCCGCACAAAGGUGGAACGAGCGUUGUCCCAUGUGGCGGUGAAGAACAAAGAAGCGGCGUAUCAGGCAUGGCUGGGGUACUACAACUCGAACAAAAAUGUGGGUCGCGAUAAAUGCCGGCUGGUGGAGCUGGCGAACGAGUUCAGCCGGAGCAUGGGAAUGGACAACCCUCCGGCGAUCUCCAAGAUGGUUCUUGGCAAAAUGGGUCUGAAAAAUGUACCUGGUUUGAGGUCCAAGUAGAGACAAGAGAGAGAGGUACACCUUUCUCUCUCUCUCUCUCCUACUUCAAUACUACUUGCAUUCAAAUCAAUACAAUGAUCAUCGUAUAUUUGGUUUA